AUGGUCUAUCAUGAAAGAACCUUGUCAUCUCCCCUUUCUGCCUUCCCUCAGAAUGUGAUGCAGCCACAAGCCUUCACACAGGUUAUGCAUGAGUAUGGCUACAUGGGAAGGGAUGUAGAUGAGAAGAUGUGCACUGGAAAGAAGAAGUUCUACUUGUCUCCCUUCCGGCAAGAGGAGACCAGCAAAUGGGUCAUUGACCGGGUGCCUUUGCCGGAGCCGAAUGGCACCGCACGAGUGGGCCGUGCAAAGAAUGCCAAGGAGAUUGUGGCUCGUGCACGCCGAUUGAUUAUCAAUGCCAAGGCACAAAGCAAUAUGUCUUGGGAUCAGAUCUUCAUCAACCACUCCGACGAACUCAGCUUCCAGGAGCUCAAGAAGUGCUUGCGGCGCGAUUUGGCGAUCUCCCCUAAGGCCUUGACAGACUUUGACACCAAGGUUCUUUUUUCUGAGCUUGAUGCCGACAAGAGCGGAACGGUGAACAUCAAAGAGAUGUUGUCCUAUGUCGCUCAUGGGCCUAAACGAAUUCACGAUGAGGAGGCCAUGUUGCUGAAACGUACCGCGCGGGUGCGUAGGAAUCUGAACAUGGCAUGUCGGAAGUACGCAGGUGUCAAAGCCUUCACAGCAGAAAGUACGGCCAACAUCUUCAAACAGUUGGACCUUGAAGGUGACGGUCAUUUAUCCAAGUACGAAUUCGUGGAAUUCGUCCGGGGAGGCCUGGGUCUCUCCAUGUGGGAUGUGCCCGAGUCGGAGCUUCUCCAGUUCUAUGUCAUUAUGGACAAGGACAAUGAUGGCUUAGAUCCCAUUGAACUGCUGGAGUUCAUCCAGGGCAACCAGGAGGAAAUGGCCAAUCGAACACUCUUCUCUUUCACUGAAAUCGUGGAUGCAGAGAAGCCACGGCAUCAGGAGAUGCGAAGGCUCGAAAAGCCCAGCCCAAUGUUCAUGAACAGCGGACGUCGUCUUCCUCCACGGAUGAGAUUGCCCAGCAACUUGGUCAAGGGCUUUCAGACAGGCAUCAGUAUAAGACGUAGCGAUGAUCUGACGCGCUGGUGCAGCAAGACGAGAUUUGAGGGGUCACUCAGCCAGGCUGUGAGCCAAGAGCAGGAUAUGCAGGGUGUGGUUUGCGCAUCCAAUGCCGCCUUAGAGACCACCCGGGAACCGCCGGAGGUCAGUUUCGGUGCUGCCAUGGCUGCGCCAAAGGUUGGAAGUGGAAAAUGCAAAGCUGGCAUUGCGGGUGAGGAAAAUGUCAUGCAAGGCUCCGGUGAUCGAGAUUACUAUGUUGGAGACGAGGCUCAAGCGAAGCGCGGCAUCCUAAAGAUCACGUACCCAGUAGAUCAUGGCAUUGUGCAGGACUGGGACGAUAUGGAACUGAUCUGGAAGCACACCUUCUUCAACCAACUGAGAGUCCAACCUACAGAACGAGCAGUUCUUCUUGCCGAAGCCGCUCUGAAUCCGAAGGCAAAUCGGGAACGGAUGACCCAAAUCAUGUUCGAGGUCUUCUAUGUGCCGGCAAUGUACGUCACCACCCAAGCAGUACUGGCGCUGUAUGCUUCGGGUCGAACCACCGGGAUUGUGUGCGAUAGUGGUGAUGGCGUGACACAUGUGGUGCCCGUCUACGAGGGCUACCUGGUUCCACACGCCGUGGGACGUGUGAACUUUGCGGGAAGAGACUUGACCGAGUACUUGAUGAAACUCAUAGCCGAAACAGGCACAUCACUUUCAACCAGUGCUGAGCGAGAAAUUGCUCGAGACAUCAAAGAAAAGUGCUGCUACGUGGCGCAGAGCUACGAAGCCGAGAUGGAGAAGGCAGAGUCAUCAACAGCAUGCACCCUGACGCAUGAGCUCCCAGAUGGUCAGCUGUUGCACUUGAGCUACGAGCGCUUCAAAUGUCCAGAGGCUCUUUUCCAGCCCACUUUCAUUGGGCAGCCGGAGACAGAGGGUAUCCAUACCCAAGUGCACAAGACCAUCAUGAGGUGCGACAUCGAUAUUCGCCGGGAUUUGUUUUUGAACAUUGUGGUGUCGGGUGGAACCACGUGCUUCAGAGGCUUCGGCCAUCGGCUGCAGAGCGAACUGGCUGAGCUGACACCAAGCAGCAUUCGAAUACGCGUUCUUGCACCUGAAGAUCGGCAACACUCAGUGUUUAUUGGAGGCUCUAUGCUGGCAGAUCUGGACAUGUUCUCAGAGAUGUGCAUUUCCAGGGCAGAAUACCUGGAAGAUGGGCCGACAAUCAUUCAUAAAAAAUGUAUUUGACAAGA